AUGCGUGAGCUUCGGAAGGAGGAUGAAGAUCUUAAUUCUCUUGGCGCAUUUACUGCGGCAUCUAACUAUGCCGGUGGGACUGGCGCUGGAUACGGCAGUGGCUAUGGUGGCCGUGCAGGAUAUGGCGGCGGAUACAGAAGUUACGGAGGCAGACUAGGAAGUUACGGAGGUGGACUCGGCACUUACGGAAGUGAAAUAGGAAGUUACAGAGGUAGACACGGAAGUUACGGAGGUGGACUCGGCAGUUAUGGAAGUGGAAUCGGAAGUUACGGAAGUGGACUCGGCAGUUACGGAGGCGGUUACGGCGGCUCUGGCUACGGAGCAUCCGGACGGCUCAGUGGACUUUCCAGAAACAGUGCUCUGGGAGGAUAUGGAAGUGGAUAUGGAGGAUACGGCAGGCUUGGUGGAAAUAUCGGCUCAUACGACAACAUUGGUGGAUACGGCAACACUGGUGGAUACAGCAACACUGGUGGAUACGACAGGCUUGGAAGAUACGGCAAUAAUGGUGGAUACGGCAGGCUUGGAGGAUACGGCAGGCUUGGGGGAAAUACCGACUCAUACGGCAACAUAGGUGGAUACGGCAACACUGAUGGAUACGGCAACACUGGUGGAUACAGCAACAUUGGUGGAUCCGGCAGGCUUGGAGGAUACGGCAAUAAUGGUGGAUACGGCAGGCGUUGGGGAUAA